AACCACGCGACAUCCUCACAAUCUCGCCACUACCCACAAUUCCGGCAAUCCACUCCCUACAAACUGAAAUCCUGCAUAGGGCCCGCGAUAUCGAAACAAAGAGUUUGUAUAAGCCAUUGAGGAGAAUGGUGUCGCGCAUUCUAGUUCCGGCUGCCCGGACAGCGGCAGCAGCACGCAGCGGAUUGACCAUGAGGAGCAUAGUGAGGGGCUUUCAGACAUCGAAUGUAGUGAGGCAGGAAGCGGCGACUGUGGUAGCGCCGGUGAAGAAGCCGGUUGGGGCAUUUCGAGGAGGACUCUUCGGCUUCUUGCUCGGUGCCACCGCUUCCGGCGCCGGAAUGUACUACUAUGUCAUCGACGAAUACCGCGUUUCGAAUGAAUUGCUGACGGAAGAUAUUUAUGCUCUCCAAACUGCGGUACAACGGAUAGAAGGUUAUGUGAGGACAUUGGAGGAGAAGGUUCAUUCGAAAAAGAAAUGAGCGACAAAUUAACAACAUAUUGUGUGGUCACAAGGCAUAGCAUGACAUGAAACAAGCAUCAGGGUUGGUCGGUCACGCAGCCGUGGGUGGAACGGAUACACGGCAUGAAUAUGCAAGCAAGCUGCGAACGGAAUGGAAUGGAAAGGAAUGGGGGUGCAGAUGGAGGAACUGUAUUAUCUUAGGUACUUGAUUGCCCAGCUCACUCUGGUUUGCAUGCAUUUGCUGAGUUAUACCAAUGUAUUCUGUUUCUG